AUGGUGUCCGAAAUAAAUGUCGAUUCCGUCGCCUUCAAGUCAUCAUUCACUCCUCAAGUCAUUCACUUCGUAAAGAAUCCAUAUGGGCUUAAUAAAGCAUGUCAGAUUCACGUAUUCUACAAGGACGAUGUCUUAAGAACGAAGACAUUCUUUCUCACACCACAGCCAUCAUCAUAUCCUGUGUCCAUGGUAAUUUCCCCCGACCGAAACUUCUUGGCCAUACUCACGGAGACUUCCGUUCACGUCGUUGACAUUUCCAAAACAGAGUCUCAUUUACACUCCGAACAAGUCAAGAUUAUUGCAAAGCUUGCGACGGUUUUUGACUCCCUUUCUGGUAAUUCUGUCACAAUAAGCAGAUUGGUUCGUGUUCGGUGGCAUCCGUACAUAUCCAACCUGCUUGUUAUACUGGUCAGUGACGGUAGACUUCUUUUUUGUCGCUGCAUCUGUUCUUCGGGUGGAUCUCUCAAGUUUGAAAACGAACUUACUGUCCACCUUCUUGAAGCACCCGACCAUGCGGACAAGGAAAACAGACAAACGAAGGCAUCGCGAGGACUGAACUUAGGCGAAGCGAUGGGAGCCUUAUGUUGUGACUUUGACUUCGGCUCUCCCUUCUUCUCUGAUGAAACGCGCUUCAUGAACGACGCACCUCUCCGUGUACCUAUUUAUGUCAUUUGUGAAAAUGGUGACAUAUUGUUGGUAAGCGUAUCGCCCAUGUCUAUCAACAGACCACUAGUUCGCUUCGUUCGAAUUCUCCCUGCAAACGAGGAUUAUUAUACAUUUGACUUUGCUACGCUCAUAUGCCUUCGGUCAGACGAUAGCGGAAACCAACCAGAUAUUGUUUGUUUCGCCAACAGAGCUGGAAGAAUAUUUCACGGCAUUUGUUUGCACAUUCCACCAUCCGUACUGCUGCAAUCCGACUGUCGUCCUCAAGGUCGUGGGGUCCCUAUCCUCUUCCUUAUUGACAGCGCUGAUCUGGAACUUCCAAUCUUGGACAAGUCUUUUGCGACCUCAUCGAAUUAUGACGACGAUAGCGAUGCCAAUUUGGAUGUUGAAUCCUCAAGCCUGAAAUUGGCAUUGGUCUCUUCCUCGUUCCUUUGGUCUCACAGGGCUGAUACAGCUCCGUUAGAUCUAGGCAACAAUUACUUCUGUCUUCACGACUUUGGCAUUCAUCAGGUAAACCUUCCUUGGGUGAAUAUAAUCCGUGGACUCUACUCAUCUCCACUUAUCGAAACAAAUUCGAACUCAGAUCUUCUGGAAAAGCUUCGGUCAAACAUGUGCACCGUUGAGUACCUCCUGCUGACGCAGAGCCUUAGCAGCCAGAGCUACGAUACAAGAAGUCCAGGUCGAGCAAUAAUUGGUCUACUGCCGCACAAGAUCUCUGGACAGUCGUCUUUUGACACCGACACUACUCCCGCUCUCACCGUUGUCUUCCCUUCCAAGCCUGAAGUUGUGACCGUCCCGCUGCUUUGCGGACCACUCUCACGGUCCAACACUGUUGGCGAUUUGCCUUCUGUACGCUGCGAACAGUGGGUUCAAAGCUUGGAAGAGAAGGAUUGCAAGCCACCACCGAAGUCAUCUUCUUGUUGUCCCAAGGAAUCUGAUUUUGUGGAGAAAUGUCGACGCAGUCUCAAAGCUGCUGAAUCCUCCAGGUUGCCAAUUUUGUCAUCCCUAGAUGAUGGAGUUAACCUCUCCGAACCGAAAGUUUUUCGCCUAUUUCUUAGUAACUGGCCUUUCUUUCUAGGAGUUUUAAAAACGUUUUGUCUUCCCUUGCUUCGGGCGACAGAUAGGCUACGCAUCUCGCAGCUAAGCCAAUUGGCAGGCCUAGCGGCGUCGGUGUGUCGGUAUGCCGAGUAUGUAGAGGGUCAGUUGGCGGCGCAGUCAGAAGAGGUUGCUGGACUCGCAGCGCAGCGCGAAGCUCUCCAGACUGGUGCUGCCCGUCUGGCCGAUUGCCAUUCGCGAAUCCUCGAGCGACAGGAAGCCCUCAACAAUCGCCUCUCAGAGCUUGCUCGACGCAUUUACAGCAUCGACGCAGGGUUAACAGACGCGGAGUUGGAAAUGCGCAGCGGCGUGCAGAAUCUGCGAGAUAGACUGAAAUCGGGUUUGUUAGGGUGGUUGGAGAAUAUUCGGCUGCAGUACGACCACUUGGUAACGCGGUUGCGGGAACAACAACGCGUCAGCACUGGGCUGGAACGGAUUGAGAGGUCAAGAGGGCUGCAAGCGUCAUCGCUGUCACCUGCCCAGGUGGAGAAUCUAGUAACUAUGUUGAAAACGGAGGCCUCGGAAAUCAAUACACUAGUAAAGGCGGUGGAGAGGCUCAAUCUACUUUCCACUGCUGCUGCUGCUGUCCCGCCCUAG